AUGUCUGAACUCAAACGACAACUUCAAUUCUUGCAGACGGUCUUUCCUCAGACAGCAGUCACCAAAUUAAAGAAGGGAAAGGAAAGUUUUCUGUUCACUGCGGAAAAAGCUGCUCGUUUAACCAAUGAGGAUAUUCAUAUCAUCGCUGUGGAUGGAUUGAAGGAAUUGAUGAGACUUGAUGCUCGUUUCGGACCCUUUCAAGAUUCUCUUUUUCAUUCAUCGUCCAUUGAUAGAAAUAGAGAAAUGGAAACACAAUCGGAGAAUGAUAUUUUGAAUCAAGAAAUUGAAAGAUUCCUCUUGUUAUUAUCGCCCUAUUUUUUACUUAAACCUUCGCACAAGGCUAUUGAAUAUUUGGUGAGAAGAUUUAAAAUUCAUAUCUAUAAUGUGGAUGCUAUCAUGGCUUCAAUAUUGCCAUAUCAUGAAACGACAUUCUUCUCACGUUUUGUCCAAUUAUUGAAUAUUGCUCCUACGAAAUGGCACUUUUUAGAACCCAUGCAAAGUAGUGGUGUGGUGAUGAGCCGAACGACACUCUUGCAAAGAUGUUUCACUGACUUUUCAAUUUUUAUGUUUAUUUGUGAUGCAAUGAAGGCAUUUGUUGAGAGAUCAAUUGAUAACAAGACUUUUAAUAAUUUCUAUGUGGUUACAUGCAUUGAAUACAUUUCAGGACAACCAUUGCAAGAUAUUUCAUUGAAGCGACUGUUGCCUUAUGUGUUUUAUGGUUUGAAGUCAAGUGAUCCUGAUUUAGUUGCUGGAUCAUUGAUGAUUACUACACAAAUUGCCUCAUGUGUGACAUUAGCUUCUUCGGUUGUCGAUGCUCUCUUUGAAACCAUUAUUAAUGUCAUGAGCAAAGCAGAGAUUGAUAGCAUCAUGUUGUGUAUGAUUUUCCUGUUCCAAAGCCAACCCAUCACCAAGAUGAGAACCUCCCUAAUGAACCGUUUGACAGAAAUUGAGGGCUUUGUAGAGUCUGUAAAUCGAUUACGAUUGUCUUACAAUGUUGGAAACUUUCUUAACGGACUUUUGAACUCGAUGAUUGAAUAUUGUUUUGAAACUAAGGACGUGUCUAUCCUGGAUAAGAUAAUUUCACAAAUUGACUUCUCCGAAUGCAUCCCUAAAGUCAUUGCAAUUUUGUUGAAUUUAUACAUUUCCGAUUCUGAGAGUUUCACAGAAAUUAUUCGAAAAGUACUUGUGUGCGUUGAGAAGAAAUACAGCGGAGAGACUGACAAGGGAUUGGAAUUGGGACUCAGAACCCUCGAUGAAGAGAGCCAUGGAAAAGCUCUUGAUUUUUAUUCCAUGAUUUUCAAAGGUUCUCAACAUGAAAUCAUUCCUGAGAUUAGUACCACUCUCUACCUUUCACUCCAACAUCAUGAAAAAACUGUUCGUAUUUUGGGUUUGCAACAUUUGGGAAAGAUUGCAAAGAAUGCUGUAGACGAGCAGACCAAGUCGUUCAUUACAGAGUCGUUGCUAGAACGAUUGAGCGAUGAAGAUCCAUCCAUUCUGAACUUUGUGUUGAGUUUACCUCAACUUUUGGAUUAUUUAAAACCUAAACAAAUUGUUGACAAGAUUUCUCACAUUGUGAAGCAAAUUGAGGAAAACAGAUCUGAUGAUGUCUCCAAGACACUAUCGGCAACAAUUGCUGAGAAACUCCUCGUGGAUGACAUGUUCAACAAGGACGAAGGCAUUGAAAAGAUGUUGACCUUUGUUUUCAGAUUCCUCGUCAUUACACCUGAAUUCAAGGAAACCAACUUGAAGGUGAUCAAGUCUUUGCAAAAGCUUCGUCAUCCACUCUUCUCUGGGCUCUCCUCAAUCACCAUCAAGGAAAAGGAUAUUGCUUCCACAAAUACACAACUUGUCAAUGUGAUUGCAAAGAAUAUUGCCGCAAACCCAGAGCUUGCCAAAGUAUGUGAAAACACCGCUGUGAAGGAAGGUUUAGGAACCAAGUCUGUGCUCCUUCUUUUGGCAUCCGCCAUGAAACAAGCAAGCAACAAGGACGCGAAACUUGUUAUUGCUACUUCUAUUUUGAACUUGGUCAAGAAAUUCAGUUCAAGAUCAGGCAUUGCCAUCUCAGUGAAUGAUGUUUUCCAUCCAACCUCUCAAUCCCAUGUCGAUACAUCACUCUCAGUCAUCUAUCUCAUGUUCUAUUGUGCACAUUCCAUGCUUGAACAUUUAGAGCAAGAUGUGUUAAAUUUCUCUGAAAUGAUGAAUCAUUUAGCUACUUUUACCUCAAAUGCUUCCAAAGAGCAAGAAGCUACUCUUACUUACACUUCGCUCUUGACAAGCUUCUUUAUCACCAUUUCUGAAUCAAGACUCUUUGACCAAUUUACUAAUCAUAUCAAAGUCUUGAUUGAAAAACAUUUGAAGAAGCAAGCUUUAGAAUUUCUAUCAGUUUUUUGGAUGUCUGAUCCUGACAAUCUUCCAUACAAGACAAGAAUGAGAAGCUUGCUCAUGGGUGUCAUGCUCAUGGAAGAUGAUAUUGACUAUCAAUAUUUACUUCCAUCUCUUCUGAUUGCUUUGCAAAACAAUCUUUCUAAGGAUAUGUGUGCUGCUGUGAUUUCAUGUAUUAAGAGAGUUCCUGGCUCCAAACUCUAUGAUCAUCAUUUGAAGCAGCAUAUCAAACCACUAAGUAGAGAUGUUGUCAAGAAAGUCACUCAUUCUAUUGAAUCUAAGAGUUCUGAUCUCUCUGCUGACAGUUCUCAAAUUCAACAAGUGAUUCAACAAUUGCCAGGCGAGGUAAUUGAUGUCAUGCUGGCCACAUUUUCUUUGAGCAAAUCAACCUUUGAAAAGUACUCCAUUGUCAAUAUUCUCUCACAGUUGCCAUCCACUCGAAUCAUGCCAUCAUUGUUUGAUGUACUUCUCUCCUACUUGAAAUCCAUUGAAAAAGGUCACACACUGGAUCGAUUGGAUGUGCUACUCACGUCCAAACUUUUGAAAAUGCUCAACAUGGAUUUGUUAACUAGUAAGAAUUCAACCAAGUACUUUACUGAGGGGUUACUUUACGCCAUUUCCAUCACGAAUCAAGUAUCAAAUCUUAUUCCUUCACUUGAAGUGGUCAACAAUGUGAAUGCACAUCUUUUAUCAGUGUUGGAUGAGAAGAGUCAACGAAUGCUUUUCGAUGCAAUCACCAAGGUUCUGAAAUCACCAAAUGUUAAAAUUACCCAAGCGUAUCAACAAGCUCUCAAACAAUUGCCCAUGGAUGCCAACAUUUUACUCAAAUACAUUCCAAGCUCUACUAAGGAAAUGGAUACAUCCAAUGAUGAAACUGCGUCAGAUUUGGAAAGAUUAACCUUUAUUUUGGAAAUUAUUCAGCUCAUGAAAUCUGUUCCUAAACGAGAAGUUCUUGCUUCUCGCCUUUUCACUCUUUUGAAAGAAUUAAGAGAAGAAUAUUCAUACAACAAGACCCAUACGGAGUAUCCAAUUACAAUGAUUUUAUCCGUUCUCUACUCGAUUGCCGCAAAAAUUGAAGAUCAAGGUGAGGACAAGAAAUCUUUGGUCAAAAAAGUUGAGAAAACCUUUGAUGUUGAUCUUAUUCUCAAAUGUCUCACUGAAAGCGAUUCCUCUCAAAUCAGAAACCAUGCAAUUUUAGUGUUGGGUGAAUUAGCCUCAAUUUUCCCACUUCAAAUUAUUGAACAAAUUCUUCAAGUCAUGAAAGCUGUUGAGGGCACUUUGAAAGAAAAGGAUAGUUUUGCCUUUGAUGCCAUUCAAAAGACUGUCCUUCAAAUUGUUCCCAAACUUGUCGAACAGAAAAUGGAUAUCAAAUUUAUUGUGAAUGUGUUUGUGAACUCUAUGAAAUACAUUCCAAAAGACAAGAGACUCUCAUUCUUCUCUAAUUUGGUCAAAGGAACCUCCAGAAAGAACAUUUAUGGCUUUGUUUUGCUCAUGCUUUCUCAAUGUGUCAAGAAUGGUGAUCAAGAAGAUAGCUCAAUGAUUGUUUCUUUCUGUCAUGAACUGGUGGAAUAUUUCAAGAUUGGAAAACAAUUGGUGACUCUUGUGAAAUUGGUAAACAUUGCUCACUCCAUUGCCAAAGAUGAACAAACAGCCAAUAAUGCCUUCUAUGCAUCACAAGAAUAUUCAGAUGAGGAAAAGCAAGCCUUACUUGUUUUCAUUUUGGAAUUUGCUUCAACACACGUUUCUUCAAUGGAAUUCCUCAGAAUGCUCAUCAUUGAAGAAGAGAAGGAUAAGGAAACCUCACAAACCUAUCUACUCACGAUUGCUGAGACCUUGAAUAAGAUCAGAGAUCAAUCCACGGAUUCCACCAUUAUUGAGCUAAUUGAUGAAGUAUAUUCCAAAACUCAACAAUUACUCAAUUCCUAUAGUUUUGUUGCAUUGAUCAAGUCCAUGCUAGAAAGCUCCUCAAGCACAAUGCAAGAACGGGCUCUCUUUAUUUUGAAUACAAGACUCACGGAUGAGUCCUCACGAAUUAUUUCCAAAUUGCAACAAGAUGAAGAGAUUUAUUUGACCUUAUUGAGAAAGUUGAAAAAGAUUUUGGAAGAUUCUAAAGCUUCAAACUUCCUCGUUCAAUACGCAAUUAUUUCCAUUGAAUUGAUGGCUAGAAGAUUUGGUAGAAAUAACUCCAAAUUAUUCAUCAAGAUCAUGCCUUCUGUGCUUCAACACUUGAAGGAAAAUUCUCACUCUGCCAUUACUUCCUCAGCCGCUUUAUGUGUUUCAACACUAUGUUUUGAAAUUGGAGCUGAUUCACUAGAGUUCUUGCCAAAUAUUUGUCCAGUCUUUGUUUCUCAUAUUUCUAAAGUUCUUUCGAAGGGAAUGGAUGUUCUUGAACAAGAGGAGAAUGAAGAAGAAGAUGAGUCCAAUUCUGAUCAGCUGUUGGUGUUCAGUACUCUCUCUGCUUUGGAUCUAGUUGUGAGAGUUCAUUUGAAAUUUAUUAGUCCAUACCUCAAACAAAUUAUGAACAUUUUGUUGAGUACGAGAAUAAUUCACUCUUCAAACAAGAAGAUUGCUCAAAAGUCAAGUGAUGUUUUGUUCUUCUUGGCAACAAAUGCCGAAACUAGACAUAUUUUGGAACCUGUUUUUUCUUCAUUGGACGCUUGUGUGAGUUUUGGACAUGAAUCAGUGGUCAAACUCAUGACCGUUGUGUAUGAAAUUGUCAAUGUCAUGGAUGUGAAAGCGGUCGAGAAUUUCCACACAAGAAUCACUGAAUUUUUCUUACAAGCUUUGGAUUUGAGAAGACGAAGAAAGUUCGACAGAAAAAUCCUCGAAACUGUCGAAAAGUCUAUUAGCUCUUCUUUGGAGGUAUUAGUCCUCAAACUCAAUGAAGACCAAUUGAAAUCUGUUCUCAGGCAAAUGAUUGAUUGGUCACGAGAAGCUGUUAACGACGAAGAAACAAAGAACUAUUUAGACUAUGGUGAUAACAAGUUAGCUCCACCUGAUGCUGCUCGCUUAAUUGCAUUCUAUAAGGCAAUGAUUAGUUUCAACAUGAAGCUCAGCUUUUUAUUUGUUCCAUAUUAUGGAUAUUUAUGGCAAAAUAUGAUUAGAGAUUUGAAAUCCAUUAGUGGCGAUCAUGAUGAAGACGAUGAGGAUGAAGACGACGAUCAUGAAUCACAUCAAAACUCAAAAAAGAGAAAAUUGAAAGAACUAACCACCAAAAAGCAACCCAAACUUUGUGUCAUUUCAUCGACAGAGGAUCGUGUGCAAUUGGCCUAUCUUAUUUUGAAUUGUCUUAGUCUUUGCUUCUUGAAUGACAGAGAGGCAUUCGUGCAAUCCAAUGACAGAUUUGAACACUUGAUUGAACCACUCGCUAAAUUGAUCGAACAAGAAGAUGUUUGUGAGAAGAAUUAUGAAUUAAUUUCCAAGACGUUCGGUGCUCUCGCAAGCGUGGUCAAUCAACAACAAUGGAAGCCUCUGCAAUACCAAGUCUUACAAAGAACCAAACAUGAAAGCAGUAUUGUCAAGAGAACUGCCAUUGCAUGUAUUGCUGCUUUCUAUGAACAUGUUGGAAAGGAGUUCAUUAUCAUGCUUCCUGAAAUGAUGCCCUAUGUGGCUGAGUUAUUGGAGAGUGAUGAUGAAGAAGUAUUGAAGGACACUCGAGGUAUUGUGCUUACCAUUGAACAGAAAACUGGUGAAGAAAUUUCACACUUUUUGUCAGAAUAA